CCAUUUGAAUGUAAGCACAGGUGAGCAUACUGAGCACCGAUGUUAGUUCAUUCAGUCACUGACAUAAAUAAAGUCCCUGGAAAAUCCUGGAAAGUUGUUUGGUCAUGGAGGAGUCGAUGUUGGAAUGGUACUUUGAUAACUUCAUUGCAAAUGACUCCUCAAAGAUCCAGGAGGAGGAGGUGAACGAGGAGCUGAGCCAGGAGCUCAUGCAGGACGAGUCCAGCCAGACCGACUCAGCUGAAACCAGACCAGCAGACACUGACAGCAGCACCAGUCUGGACUCCAGUUCCCAGAAUUCCACAGCAGCCUCUGUUGUUCAUCCCUCGACCCCUGUGAUACCCGAGAGACCAGAGGCCAUCCCAGAGAUACAGAAUAUUGUCUCUACAGCGAAGCUCGGUUGUCAGCUGGAUCUCAACGUUAUCGCUCGCAAAGCGCUGAAUGUAAAGUACGACCCGAAGACUUACAAGGCGCUCACCAUGAGGAUACGUAAGCCGCUAACAACAGCGAUUAUCUACAAAUCUGGGAAUAUUGUCUGUCUAGGAGCCAAGAGUGAGGAGGAGUCACGGAUAGCGGCCAGGAGGUACGCCCGCAUAGUGCAGAAACUGGGCUUCCCUGUCCGCUUCCUGGACUUCAGGAUCCAGACCAUGGUGGCCAGUUGCAAAAUCUUUCCAAUCAAUUUUGAGCAACUUGUGCUGGCCCACCAUCAGCAGUGCAGUUAUGAACCGGAGCUGUUUCCUGGCCUCUUCUACAGAGUGAUGCCGGGCAUCAGUGUGACCAUCUUUGCAAAUGGGAAACUUUCUGUGAAUGGAGCUAAAAAGCCAGCUGACAUCUACGAAGCAUUUGAUAUUGUCUAUCCAAUUCUGAGCUGCUUCAGGAGGACGACGAACUGAACUCUGACAGGAGCUCCACAUCGUUUUAAUGUAAAUGUAAUGUAAUAAAUAACUGUUUUAGAGUCAGUGAUGUUUAGGGGUUGAACAUAAAAUCUCAUAAAUUAUGUCUUGAAUAUCAA